CUUCAAAAUUAAUUAUUUACCUAUUGAAAAAAAAGGACUAGUACAUAAGGUCUAUUGGUUAUUAUUACUUAUUCUUCGAGGAUAAAACAUUUGUGGUUUAUUUUGUGGAAUAUGCUAGGGGCAAGUUUGUUAUAAUAUAAGACACCGGUUAUGAACACUCAUAUCGAUUGUCCCAUUCUUCUAUUGUGGCCUUGUUAACUCGAUAGCAUUGAAAGAGAAACAGUUUUGCUAACAAUUCUUUACGUGCAUACGAAUACUAGAUUUUGAUUAGAAGUAAAGAACGGGGACAUCAUACUUGUGCUCCAUCUUAUUAGCUAUUGAUAUGUUACCCGUCGUAAAUAGCAGCGUGGUAACACUUUACUUCUGUUAUGAGACGUGGCCGAGUUAGGACUAAAUUACUAAUCUACGCUUCAGUUUUACCAAACUUUAAAUUUUGGAAAAUAACUUAGCAGUAAUUCGCUUGUUGAUAUCUCGUCCGGUUGCAAAGUUGUAUGCUAUACAUAUUUUUUUUAUCACUUCAUUACAUGUGAACUCAUAUGUUGAUGUCUUAUCAUGAGGACUGUGUAAAUGAUGAUGUUAUUCAGGUAUUUCUAGCAAAUAAAACAUUUUGAUUAUACUGACGUGAAAUCUACACUUAAGCCGUGUGAUCAGAUUUUAGAAACUUGAGGCGGCGCAAAAACUGUUCAAUCCUAUGGCGAGAGAGCUGCAGUACUACAAGCAGCAAGCAUAUUUUUGGGUCAUUUGCUUGGGAACAGGCAAUAUAACUAGAGAUAGUCUAAAAUCAUUUGGAUUUGCAAGAGUGAUUUUGAAUGAGGUCAGGUAAACACAAUGGAUAUUCAGAAACAGUUACGCUCUAUUAUCAAGGAUUUGGAGAAUUCGUGUCAGUUUUAUAGUAAUGCCGAGACUGGGUGCAGAAGUAGUCCUACAAGAACAAGAAAACGUAAACCCAAGUUACAGGACCGAAAGAGGGUCCCGAACCUAAAUUGUGGGGUAUCUAUAUGUAGAUCAGAACGAGGCCUGAGCAGCAACUUAAGUUUUGGAAAGCUUCAAGAACUUCGAUGCAGAACGAAGUCUGCUUUGAAUCUAAUUAAACAAACAUCUUUUACAUUUGACGAGGUGGUAAGUUGCAACACCCAGCAUAAGUAUCAAGGCACAAUGGAAAAUAUCAGUGUAGAGGACCGCCGAAAGUCUAUCCCAGCAAUUUUCAUUGAGAAAGUAAAGACGACUCGUAGCAGGCGAUCCACAAUACAUUCUUCAGAACAGCGGAGAAGAUCAACUACAAAAUAUGUGGAAAAACGGAAAAAUUCUUCACCAUCAUUUUCUAAACCUCAGAGCAGAAACGACGAGAAUCGUAUUAGUUUAACACCGUCGGUGGAAGCAGACAAUUUUGUUAGCGACAGCAGCCAAGACGAUGAGGUUCUUCCAGAACACUAUUAUGCCUCAAAUAUCAUGGCGAAAUUAAAUGCUUCAACGAAACCCGAGAAGCCAAAACGGAAAAUAUCAUUAUUUCUAAGAAGACCCGUGAUCUUUGAUAGAAAGUGUGUUGCCGAGGAAGAUACUGGCGAAAAUCAUCACUUGGAAAUAGAAGCUAAUCAGAGUAACAAAUCGGAUUCAUACUUGAAAGCAUUUUAUGUUGAGUAUAAGAACGCUGGAAAAAAGAGUCGGAAACUAUCGAGGAGAAAAACCAAGUCUGUAGCUGAAGAAACCCGGAAGCGGUCCAGCACGUAUAAUGCCGAUGAAUACGCACAAUUACAGCAUCAUGGCCGAUCAAAAUCUCUGCCAACCGUCGAACAAUUAAAAGUUCCAGAACCUGUUGCAGAUUUUACGAUGUCGCAUUCAACCAGUAGCAUGAACGGCAGUGUAUCGUUUGAAAGUUUAAGUUCUAGAGAGGGCGGUAGUGUUGAUUCGGAUUACGGAGCUUUUGAUAUCGUGGGUGAGACGAAUACUUCUCGAUUUCCUUGGUUGCGUGACGUCAUGACUCAAUGCGAACCAUUAAGAACGGUUGAGAAGAGCGUUCAGACAGACUCAUUCCUGAUAUGUGAUCACUGUGGAAGGCUAGAGAUGUCCAGAUGCGGAAACGUGGAACGAUUUCGUAAAAACGGACUUUUCGCAUUCCAUCAACAAGCUGGCUUUGAAUACGGCGACGUGGAAUUGAGCAGCAAUAGCACGCCGAAACUUCGUAGAGGUAGAAUAAAACAGAUGGGGUCAAGUACUGAGAAUGGCCUUAAUAUCUACAGGUCGGAUGAAACAAUGUCACCACCGGUGUCACCUUGUCCCUCACCUGUGUCGAAUUUUAAUUUUCCAACCCAGCGAGUAUCAUCAAAUCCAAGAUUAGUUGUUACAGUGGAGUCAGAUUCGGAUUAUUCCUACCACGAGGACACACAAAAAAGAACAUUCGUCAGUAACAAGAAGAAAGAAUUAUGCUUUCGUAUUGUUUGA